UUUUCAGACGUGCGUCUGCACUACGUAUAUCAACCAAUAAUUCUACCAAAUAUUCCAUACAUCAUGACUAUAGGAAAUAACUGGUAAAGAAAGGAAAAAUAAUUACGGGGAAGUAUUCCGCCCGAAUCGUGGCAUUCCUUAAUGAGACGCCGCCGUUACAAGGUAUGAUGCCGGCCAGUCGUGUUUCAGAAUCGUCAUAGGAUAAUUAUAUAAGAUGCUCUGGCCACUUGACCAGGCUUUACUCGCUCACUGUUAGCCCUGACAUUCAUUUCAGUCUCUUCAUGCUCGUGGGAAUGGUAUUUAUACUAUAUGAAUGUGACGCCUAAUUAUUUAUUGUCAUUUGCGUGCGCUAUACGUGACGAUCCUUUCUCAAAGCCAACUAUGCUUCGCUAAGACGCGGACACAGCUUUUCAGUGCUCGUGCAUUCUUGAUUGGAAAAUUCUACGGUCCAUUUGAUUCAGUCUUCUGCAAUUGUUAUUCAAAAAAGGAAGAGGGACAAUUGACCAUUUUUGAAGAUCAAGAAUGUAUGCUUUGGCUGUUGUUAUCUUUUGUAUGCUGAAAAAUACUGUAGAAUCUAGGACAAUUGGUUGUGUGCUGGAAUCUGUACCAGGGACACGGAACCAGUUUACAGUUCAAGUAUCAACAACUGGCCAAUCAAAAGUCUUCUACUGUGCCAAUGGUACAGUGUUUGAUCAACAAGCAUGUGUUUGUGUCAACAACAUGGAUCCAAACAUGAGUCCAACAGCUCCUCCUAUUCGUCGCUCAACAAGAACUUCUCUGGACUUUCUUGGUCCUACCACGGUUCCACCAUGUAUGUUCAAACCGGAUGUAGACCGACAUUAUUACCUAGAGCAAGUACAUAUGUCUUCCUGGAAGAGGAGGCCGUGUGCUUACGGCACGCUUUUUAAUGAGGAGAAAUGCAUGUGCAUAGACCGGGCACCUAUAUCUACCUCAAUUUGUAGACCCAGUUUUGCAUUAGAUUUUGAUUCCAAACCUAUCCGAGAUACUUCAAAUAUGCAAGUUUAUCUAAGUAAUGAAGGCGUGGAAUCAGUUGUGAAGUCUGGGCAAUUUAACAAACAAGCUCGUCUUCACAUACCCAUGUUCUCCUGGAUAGGUCACAAGAUGACCAUCAACUUCCGGUUUUUCGAGUGGAGCGGUGGGGACAGAGAACAAACACUUAUUGCAAAUUGUUAUCAUUCAAAUGCUAUGUCAAGUGGAAUGGGUUCUAUCGAAGUAAUGCUAAAAGACGAAACCAAGGAAGUUAUUUUCCGAAUAAAAACGACACAGUCACCGAUGCGGGAAAUAGCUGUUCCGUAUCCUACAAAAAGCUGGAAAAAUGUUACCUUGACAUAUGAUGGAAGAUAUUUCAGAGGGCAAGUGAAUGACCGAGAAGCCACAGUUCAAGUUAGAGGAAAUAUCGAAAGCCGUGCUGAGGGAUUUUACAUAGGGCAGUGCCCAAGAAGAGCUGAUGGCUCAAGACGAGCCUAUGUUGGCUAUAUUGAUGAUCUUAAGUUUUAUAAAUGUGUCCGGCCAGAUAUUCGUAAUCCAGGAUUGCCUUAGACUACUUAACUGAAAUCCAGUAAAUGGAUAAUCCUUCAGUGACAAUCUGUGAAUGACAGUUAACCUCAGUUAUCCGACAGAAGUUUUCCGAGGAAUUCCCGAAAAGUCACGUGGAUGAACCAUGUCUAUUUAUAGAAUGCCGUGUUUGAUUUUCUUGGUGUUUGAACUGUACGAUACUAAUUUAUUGGGACAGUACUUAAGUUGUUGUGUAUUGUCAGUGCAGCAUGGUUGUGAUACUCAGGUACCUUUAAUGUGACAAUGUUUCUGUCUGCUGUUUGUAUUGUGUAAACAUUUUUCUAUCGAUGCGUUAUUUGUUCUAGUUGUAGAACGUAUUAAUUUAAUUGUAAAUACAAACUUAUUUGUUGAUGAUACCUCAUUGAAAAACAGUGACUACUAUUUUUGCAAUUCCCAAUUAAAAGUUAAACAUUAAAACUAUUUUUUCAGAGAGUCGUUAAUUUACAUUAUGUACAUGAUGAUUUGUGUAACGAAAAUGGUCAGAUAUCAAUCGUUUUGAAAUUUCUUGUCUAAUUUGAUUAUAAAUUAAUUGUCUUGACUUCUGUUGCUGAAACAAUUGGUACAAUUACUGACAAAUCUCAAUUUAAAAAAAAGACAUGAAAAACAAAAUUUCUAAAAUGUUAAAUUGUAUGCACUCCUCGUUAAAAUACGAACGUGAAUAAUACUAAUUACAUUGUGUAAAUGAAGAUGCAUGUUCGCUUUAUCAUAAUUUCUUUGUCAAAUAACCAAAUCAAAUUUUAAUAAAAUUAUAAAAUAAACAACUUAAUCAGAAUUAUUUAUUCAAUAAAAUGAGGAGUUGGCAUUUAUCCAUGUCCAUUUGUUAAUUUCAAAAAAGUAGAGGCAUUAAGAAAAUCUUCUAUAUGCGAAACGUUAUUUGAAGAAUUCGUAGUCAGGAGAGCAUUCUCUUCUCUG